UGGCAGUGUCCUGGCGACUUUAAGAAGUGGUGGAGGUGUCUACGUUGCAUAACAUGGGAUCCCUAACUGUGGUGUUCUCUGCUUUGGCGCUUUUGCUGGCCGUCGCUUACACGGACGCAGGCCGCCAGUGCCCCCCAUCCUACAAGGUGACCAGUCGGACCCCUAAAUGUAGGGAUGAUUACGACUGCAAAGGCGGCAAGCUUUGCUGCCUCAACCAGAGCAACGAGAAGUCCUGCUUCGAGCCCGUCAGCCAUGGCGGCGCUGGACAUUACGAACCGGGUAACAACGGUGUCCUCUGCGAAGGUCGGAAAUGCGAAAUGGGGGAGGUGUGCGAGCUUGAUCCGAAAACCAAGAGGAAGAGAUGCGUCCGAAAAUAAGUUACAGUAGCUACUACAGGGGCGUAUUUACCCUAGGGCCAUCCGGGCCAUGGCCCGGGGCGCCAAUCCGCCAGGGGCGGUAUAUCGGCCGUAUGGCGCCCUUGGCGAAUUGCAUUUUGUUUUUCUUCCUUGACUUCUGGGGCGGCGAAACGUAUUGGCCCGGGGCGCGAAAUUUCAAAAUACGCCCCUGACCUACUAACAUAGCGACAUCCCACGAUGCUCGGAAGACGCUAGCUUCCGAGCAUCGGCAUCUUGUCAACUUUAUUGGCUCGGCGCAACGUUGGAGCAACUUGUUGACUUUUACAAUGUUACUAUUAUUAGACUAUUGUUUUUCUUAUACACGCUAAUUAUACGGUAAAUAUAUUAUAAUGAAAUGUUUAAUAGGUAUUAGCUAGUAAGUUAAAUGUUGUGUGCCCUAACAGGGUGUCAUGAAUUGGCCAACUUAACUGUAACAUCUUAUUAUGUAAUUUAUGUUCAUGACUAUGCAAUAAAUGAAAUGAAAUGAAAUGAAAUGAAACUGCGCAGCGACACCAUUUUCCAUAGUGCUGAAUAGACGCCGACGCUUAAAAGACGCUAGCGUGGGGCAUAGACUAGGAAUCCUCUAGACGGAGUUUAGAGCAAUUAUUUCAUGAAACCGAUACUGCCAAAAAUACUGGGGUGCGGGGGACGAGGUGAGCGAGGUCCCGUGCCGUGAUUGGUCCGUUCAAAGACACGAGCUUCACACAAAGACACUUUGACUCGAAAAUGGGGUAAAACUACCGUAUAUUUGUGGUAGAGGGGGUAGCGCUACUAUGCUCAGUCUGAAGGAUGUCUUGUCUGUGGCGUGGGGUAUCUAUAUUCCUUUUCAAAUAGCUUGGCCUCUGUGACAGCUGUCAUCUCCAUACAUUUUAUAACCUUAAAACGAAAAGUUGUAUUGAGAUGUCAUGGCUCCUCUACACGAUGGGCCAACGCCGGCCACUCCAAGGGACGCAGCCAUGCGGUAGAAUGAGAUAGCAAUAUCACUUGCUCCCUCUAACGCAUAAAUGCAUCCCUUGGAGUGGUGUAGAGGAGCCAUCAGCUGUCACAGAGGCCAAGCUAUUUGAAAAGGAAUAUAAUAACUGUACACAUUGACCUGAUCUCGCUGAAAAAAGUCUAAAGUCAAAUUGACAUCUGUGCAUCUCAUAUCCCGAUACUUAUUUUUUUUUCUUUUAGACCGACGUUAGUCGAUGUACCAUCACGCUCCGCGAUUGUUACGCCAUUUAGGGUCCUAGCUAAAUUGAGUGUUCAAUACUUACGCUAUUGAAUUUCCAAUUUAGCAAGAACCCUAAAUAGCAUAACUAUCCCGUGUGGUAUCUGUACGAUUGUGUUAUUGGCCAGGCUCCCGGUUAGUUUGAUUUACUUACUUAUAUGAUUUUUUUAUGUAAUCAAUCAGUAUUCUUACCUUACCACGAGUAUGACACUGACAUAUUCGCUAGCGACUACGCCGUAAACUAACUCAUCUCCCUCUGAGGAGGGGGCUUAAGAUGCACUUCGUUUAAGUUGACGCAGUCGCUAGCGCUUAAGGCCGCGUAAAACUUAUGGUGAGGGUAUAGGUACAUUCGCUUUGUAACUUAAUAAAUUUCAUACUACUUAAUGCCAAAUAUUAAUAACGUUUUUAUGUUUA